AUGGAUGGCACAAGAAAGUGUCGGCUACAUAAUGGAUUCCCGUCCCAAACAGACAUUUCCGUUUCAAGUUAUCGGACAAAUGAUCCUUCGGGAAAGCAUCUAAACCCUAAGAAAUUAUUCAGACGUCUUGGAAAUAGUUUUGAUCCAGAAUGGAUGUCUGUUACAGAUCCAAGCGAAAAUAAGUUGUUCCAAAACUCGUCUGUUCACGAACAUCAUCCAAAUGAUGUGUACGCAUAUUCCAUGACACGAGCAAGAGUGUCCGAUAUUUUGCGGGAUAGAUAUAACCUUGGAGUCGAAAUCGAAUCUUUAGACGUGAUUGUGACUUUUUUGCACGACUUUUCCACAUGUCAUGUGAAGUAUAAGUGGGAGGACUUAGGGCAGUUGUUUUGGCCACGUUUUGUUAAAAAAGGCUCCUGUGACUCCUCUGGUCCCUGUUCAUGGCCCCAGGGCACGAGAUACCAACAAUGUCACGAUAAAACACUCCAAUUCUUAAGGUGGAUUUGCAAAAAGGGUCGACGGAAAAUCGCCGUGCAAACAAGAAUGUUAAUUUAA